GCUGCCGAGUUGACCGGGUGUCGUUGAGCAACCAGAGCCGUACCGGUUCUGCCCUCUCCCUCUUUCUUUUCCGAAGUAGCCAGCCUGUUUGCCGUUCGGCCGCACGCUGUUCGCGCGCGCCUAUCUCAUCGUCUCGCCUUCUCUUUCUUCUCUACGCGUGCACAGUGUUCACCGCGAGGGACCAUGAAGAGUGUCACGACAACCACCGCCACCAGUCUUCUCUUCCUGGCGCUGAUCCAAGCUGCCAUGUGCGCAAAUAACGGCACCGUGGAUGUGGCCACCUUCUUUCCCCAGAUCAACGGCAAUCUCACCAAGAUCGUCUGGGCCCAUGCCGUCAACAACAAGUCCAAACUCGAGAAGGUGCUCGACACAGCCGACAUCAUGAUGCUGGAGGCGGACGUUACGAUAGCAGCGAACAGUACGACACCGAUAAUGGCACAUCCGCCGGCAAACUCGAGCGACCUAACUCUGGAGGAAUUCCUCGACAAGGUGAUCGCGAAGAACGUUAGCAAGGGCAUCAAGCUAGACUUCAAGAGCAUCGAGGCCUUCAACGCGAGCAAGCCUAUCUUGGACAGAGUUCGCAGCAACAUCAAGUUCCCCGUAUUUCUCAACGCGGACAUACUCGCUGGGCCAGGGAACGCGACUGUCGUGCCAGUCAACGCAGAAUCUUUCCUCACGGAAGCCAAGACGUAUCCAGAGUACACGCUGUCGGUCGGCUGGACCACCAGGUACGACGCCAAGGACAAUAUCACCGAGGCUCGAUACACGGAGAAGCAAAUUCAGGAAAUGAUUGACACCGUGAAGAGGCAGAAGAUUACCCAGCCGAUAACUUACCCGGUAAGAGCCGGUCUAGCCGCGAACGACAUUCAGGUGAUCAAGUCGCUGUUGGAGAAGAGCUCCGAGAUGAAGAACGCAACCCUGACCGUUUGGUCGAGCGAGGGCGACAAGGUCGACCCGGAAAAGUUAUCGCAGCUGAUACGCGAGGUCGGAGUGAAUAAGGUGUUCGUCGACGUGCCGCAAGAUCUGUUGAACAAGCUUCGUUACUCCGGAGCGUCAAGCGUCAGCGUCGCUUCCGUCGUGAUUACCGUCACCUUCAUCACCGCUUUCCUAUCGACGAUAUUGUGAACGGUUUGAACAAUUCUCGUCGCGUUUCGCGUAUGCUCGUGGGGCUUGUUGAGGGACGGAGGAUUGGGGAUUUUUGCCCCACGACGAAGGAAAGAUGCGAGAGAGAUUGACGAAACGCGAGCCGAAUCGCCGAUCAACGAUCGUCAAAAUUUCGUAAUCAAAAAGCAUUCUCGAUUUGCAAACGAUCGGACGUUCCCCGUUAGAGUAUCGAUCGUGAACGUGUACUUUUUAGCGUGUAAGCUUUAUUCGCAAACGUUUUUUCUAAGUAUUUUAAGGAAGCUUUCUUAGGAAUACGAUACGAUUCCCACGUCGAUCGCGACGCGACGCCCCUGCUUUGCGAGCACUUGGACAUCGUGCCCAUUGCUUUCUUCCGUUUUCCAAA